AUGGGUAUUUUUUCGUACGUCGAAAGCUUCUUCUCCUCUCCUCCGCCUACUCAGCGGUUUGUGGACCGAUACGUUCUUGUAACUGGUUGUGAUAGCGGCAUUGGAAAUUUGAUUGCAAAGGCGUUGCAUAGGAGAGGUUAUCAUGUAUUUGCAGGAUGCCUUACCGAAGCAGGUUUCAGAGAACUCCUCACCAACCACCAUUCACCGACAUUUCACCCCGUUAUUCUCGAUGUAACAAAGGACACCUCGAUCCAAGCAUGCGCCCGUAUGGUUGCGACCAAUACCAAAGAAAAAGGCCUUUUUGCUCUGAUCAACAACGCCGGUUGUAACGAAGGUUUUGCUUUUGAACUCACUUCUGCCGAGGAAAUCACGAAAACGAUGGACGUCAACUUUAUGGGUCCCAUCAAAAUAAUCAAAGCUCUUCUUCCUAAUCUGCGUCAGAACAUAAGGUACAACAUACAAAAGCCGUCGAAAGAACAAGAUAUUUCUCCGCGCAUUAUAAAUAUUACUUCGGUUCUCGGCCGAACAACCGUUCCUUUCUAUGGAGCAUAUGCAGCUUCAAAACACGCGCUCGAGGCAAUGCUGGAUACCAUCCGGGUCGAAUUGCUUCCUUGGAAAAUUCAUGUGACUAUGAUCGAACCAUGCCCAAUUCGCCCUCGAACUGGCACGCCUACCCCAGUGGAAACCUACAACCGACUGCACUCUUCACCUCACAUCACCGAGCAGACAUUGAGUUUAUACGGAGAAGAAUGCAUCAAGCGUGCCGCAGAUUUCUGGCAGAAACUUUAUAUCGGCGAGGAUUCCCCAAGAGAUGUAGUAAGAACUGUUGUUGAGGCGAUGGAAGUUGGUUUCCCAAAGGAUCGCUACGUCAUUGGAACCGCUGCUAGGGUGCAUGUUAUGAUGAAUGAUUUUCUGCCUCGGUGGGUUAUCGACUUGGCCUGGGGUAGUAUGAUCAGGUUGAUUGGCGCUUGGCCCAAACAGGCCAAGGAAUUGGAAAACGGGGUUGUUACCACGGAAUAA